AUGUGGAAACGUGUGAAUUUUCUGCUGCUCCUCACAGCUCAUUAUCUUGAUUAUUUUUCUCACAGCGACCAAAAUACAAGCAAAAUUGGCGAGCUCGUCUGCUCAAGGACCGUGGACGUAGCCAUAGUGGGGGCUGGGCCCAGUGGGUCGUACGCUGCCUACAAACUCCGAUACACCAACAUGGCAGUAGAGGUGUUCGAGUUAUCUGACCGUGUGGGUGGGAGGCUGUACACGGCGACCCUCCCCAACGCUCCUGACCUUCUGCUGGAGUUAGGGGGGAUGAGGUUCAUACCGGAAGUUCAUACCAGAGUCGACCAGCUGUCUAGGACUGUGGGGCUGACGAAAGAACCGUUUGCCUUGCAUCAUGGGAACACAGUCAACGCCCACUACUACCUAAGGGGCAGAACUCUCACCAGUGAACAAGUCAGGGGCGGAGACGUGCCUUACGACUUGAGCCCAGAGGAAAAGGCAAAUCAGGGGCGUUUGUUUCGGUACUACCUAGAGAAGAUGACAGGCUACAAUGGUACAGAUGUCACACCCGACAUUCUAGAGCAGCUAAAACUACAUGACGGGCGUUACAUGUACACCGUCUCGUUUGACGAGGCUUUUGACAAGGUUGCCACAGCCGAGGGGAAAGCCUUCCUUCAAGCCUUAGCCAUCUUCCAGGGUUACAGCGCGCCAGAUGUUUCUCCAUUGGCCAUGUUUGUUGUCGGCCUUGGCCCUUAUAGUGGUGAUUAUGCAGUACACACAAUUAAAGAAGGAAUGAGUGCCCUACCAGUGAGAUUUAUAGACGAAUUUCUCAAAGCCAGUGAAAGAAACAAACUCUACCUAAACCGACGGCUGGUGUCCAUAGAGAAUUCUUCUGAUGUUUAUGUUCUUCACCUUAUGCACACUAGCACACACAAUGGAAACACAUUCGACACGCUUGAACGAGAUGUUGUAUGUGCCAAGAAAGUGAUCUUAGCCGUGCCCAAGUUAACUUUGACAAAAAUCAAUUGGAAACCGCUUAGAGACAAGAGAGUCCGUGAUGCCAUAAACGCCGUCAAAGAAGUCCCAGCCAGCAAAGUUUUCAUGACGUUCCCUGACCCCUGGUGGCUGCAAGCCUCACCCCACGCCGCCUCGGUCAUGUUUUCUGACCGGGGGUUCGGUCAAGCGUACGACUGGGGCAGGUCAAACGUCACAGGCGUCUACGCCCUGCUGGCGAGUUACGCCGAUGAGGCUUUAACCAGAAAACUGUUCACGCUCAACGAAGAACAACUGACCGAAAGCAUCCUGACCGACCUGGCUAAAGCAUACGGCAUCAGACGUGAUGAGAUCCCGACACCGCUGACGUCAUUGUCACAAUUCUGGGCGUCUUAUUCUCCCGGCUACGGCUACGUCAUUUGGAGAACAGGUUAUCGUUAUGAUGACGUCAUCUCAACCAUUCAACGCCCGUCACCGGCCGAUGACGUGUUUAUAGUUGGGGCUGACCAUGCCAAGACUCAUGAAGUGGAUUGGUCAGAAGGCGCCUAUGCAUCUGUAGAUAGACUUUUCUCUCUGUAUUUUAACUAA